UCCUGAGUCCAUAUCACACCAAAGCCCACUUUCGCACGCUUCAUACCACACCAAGUAAACAUUCCAAGAAUCGUUCUCUUCUAGUUCUUUGCGACUCCUUAUCUCCCAAAGCAAAGCCCUAUCGCUUGAGGAUUCACCAUGAAAGGUGGUCAAACCAAGGCCGAAUCGAAGCAAACUGGCAGCAAGCUGAAGAGCAAAGGUGCAGGCGCUGGAAAGCGAGCGAAGAAGGCAGCCAAGGAUCCAAACAAGCCAAAGAGGCCUGCCAGUGCUUUCUUCGUUUUCAUGGAGGAGUUCAGGAAGCAGUACAAAGAGGAGCAUCCUGACAACAAAUCCGUCUCUGCAGUUGGCAAAGCUGGCGGAGAAAAAUGGAAGAGUAUGACCGAAACUGAGAAAGCUCCUUAUGUUCAGAAGGCAGAAAAGCGAAAGAGUGAAUACAAUAAGAAGAUGCAGGCAUAUAACUUGAAACUGGCCGGUGGAGCAAACGAUGAUGAAUCUGACAAGUCGAAGUCUGAAGUCAACGAUGAGGAUGAAGAGGAUGGGAGUGGAGAGGAUGAAGAUGAUGAGUAGACGAGCUUGAUGCAGGGAUGCACAAAUUAGAUUAGAUUCGGUUAGAUUCAGGAAUUCUUUCCUUCUUAGAGGAAUAGUUGACUUGGAAUUAAUCUCCUAGAAUCUUAUUUUAGAUUAGAUAAGGGACAUAAAUGGAUUAGUUGCAGCUUCUUCCUGGAGCUUAUAUGGAUUUGUACUUAAAUUUUCUUGGAAAUCAAAGAUUAAGCUUAAGAUUAAUCUGGUUUA